AUGCUUGAUAUUCCGGGUGAAGAGGAAUAUGGCGGACGGGGUGUCUCCUACUGCGCAACGUGUGAUGGGUUCUUCUUCCAAGAUCAGCGGCUUGUUGUCGUUGGAGGGGGUGACGCGGCAUUAGAGGAAGGCAUCUUCUUAACCAAGUACGCCUCCGAGGUGUAUAUCGUCCACCGCCGCGAUCAGCUCCGUGCGAGCCAGAUUAUGCAAGAACGCGCCUUCAAAAACGAUAAAAUUAAGUUUAUCUGGGACACCGUUGUUGAGGAAAUCAAUGGCGACGCAGAAAAAGUGACCGGUGCUACCCUCAAAAACGUUAAAACCGGUGAGACGCAACUCUUCCCGAUUGACGGUGUAUUCAUCUUUAUUGGACAUAUUCCGAACACAGAACUCUUCACAGAUGUCAUAAAUAUGAACGAGCAAGGGUAUAUCAUUGUGGACGAGAUGCAACGCACGAACGUAAACGGUGUUUAUGCCGCAGGCGAUGUCCAUGACGAUGUCUUUCGACAAGCGAUUACCGCCGCAGGAACCGGUGCUGCCGCUGCGAUCGCCGCUGAAAAGUUCAUCGCAGAAUUUGAGAACCGCGCCUAUCCAGGGAAUUAA